AGAGUCUUUUGAGAAUAGUUGUUGAUCGAUUGUCGGAGGUCGGGCCGCGCCGGUACAAAUGUCAAUACAAAUUUGGCGUUUUAAGUGGUUUUAAAGUCCAGGAUUUUGGUUGCAAUGUGCCCGUACGGAUGAACAUGUAACGCUGCCCUAUUCUUGAUGUUUCGAUCGUGCAAAAGAAAAUCGCAACAUGGAAGAUGCGCUCGCCCAAAAAUACGAUCGAAUACAGCAGUUUGCUACACGGGACUGGUUGGGGCCGAGCAGCGCAUCGCUGGCGAGGCUUGAACGAGUCAAGGCAAAUGUGCACAACAUCACACCCACCCUGUCCAAAAACCUACGGCCAUCCUCGGCAAGCCGCUCCCACAAGACAUACACUGAGCUGGACACGGCUCCGCCCCUUGCAUCCAAGUCACUGCAUGCAACGGCAUCAGCUUGGGGUAGCGAUGCCUCCAUCCCAGAGCUCAUUAAGCAACAAGGGGAGCGACAGACCCAGCGAUCAGCCAGCACCAAGGGGCCACGACGCCCCUGGAGCGGACGCAGGGUGCCCCCUAGUCCCACCCAGCGAAGGCCUGCCUCUGAGACCAAUACUGGUGAAGUCGAGAAUGAGUCCCAACGCAGGCUGAACGCAUUUAUGAGCGUGAAAGGAGCCAGGUAUGAUCCCAAGAGCCGUCCGCCAAGCGGCAGGGGCACCAGGCAGACGACAGGCACAGCCUUGGCCCAGCUGAUGGUGGGUCUGGAGGAACUCAGCAAGCAAGACGUGGAGAGCAUGUUGGAAGAGUUUAUCCAGAACCAGCCUAGCCCUGGGAGACAUGAACUGGCCCGGCUCUCCGCUAUGUAUGGGGACCAUCCGUCACUGGUUGCCCCUCCCCCGGCCCCCCACGGAUCCCCGAUCCCUGAUCAGGAGUUGCUUCAAGAAAACGAGAACGGAGAGACGCUGGGAUCUGAGACUGAAAACGGGGAAUCUGAUGUGCCCAGUCAGUUUACGCCUUACAAGGAAAUACAAGUCAAACAGCCAUCCGCCCCUCAGCUUCUGCGACGCCCCACCCCUGAACCAGUCAGACUAUCUAUGACAAUCCCUGGGGUGGGAGAUGAUAUGAGCGAACCAGAGGAUGACUUCAUUUAUUCAGACAGAUCUCCAGAAGGAUCACCACACGCCAAACAACCAGCAGACCUGGAGCUUCAAAGCGUGACCAGCGAAGUCUUAUGUCAACUUGAUGAGCCCCCUGACAGCCCUUCUCCCCACCACUACAGGGACCAGCCCACGCCCCUCACUGCUGACAGACAGGUCAGGGUUAUCUCAAAAAGCUCACCAGCGACAAAGGAUGGAAAUAUCACACAGGAUGCCUCUGAUCCCAAAACAGGUCUCAAGAAGGACUUUCAAACUAAGCCUAGAAGUAGACACUCGGUUCACAUCAUGGAGGAGCACAACGUCACCAUCGACAUCACGCCCCGCGACGUCCUUAAACCUUACGUCCCGCGACCGCCAGCUGGGAAGAGGCGACCCCAAAGUGCGGUCACUGGAAGCAGAAGCCAGAACGGUCCAGAGGCAACUGCCAACACCCUUGGUUCUAGAGUUCCAGCCUCUCCGACUGCAAACCGGGCAGCUGCCAGACCAAAAUCUGCAAGACCCCGAGUUGCCAAAAUGCCGACGGUUGGAGUCGAGUAUGGGGAUGAUUCGGAGAAGACGGAAGUCCCACUUUCUAGAUCGGAGAGCCUUCCCCUCAGUAAGCCAAGAUCUGAAGUUGAGACAAUGAUGUCCCGCAUGGCUCUCUCGGAUGAAGAAACUGACGACUUAAGGCCAUCAUCAGUUACCAGACAGGUAUCCCAGUCGUCCUUCAAGAAGAACUACUAUGAGCUCUCUAGAGAAGCUUCCGAGCCCACUCGGGCGGCUCGCCUGACAACUACGACCAUCCAGUUCGGAGAUCAAGGACCCCUUGAGGAGAAGUCGGUCUCCGUCAUCAAGCAAGCCUCGGAGCCUUUCAGGUCUGCCCUACUGAGGCAAGACAGGAGGAAAGACGUAGUUGAGGGACUGAGGGGGAGGUCGGGAAGCGCGAGCGAGGACGAUGCGGCUCAUCGGACGCAUAGCGCCAUCAGGAGACCAACUAGGUCUGCUAAUGGUGUUGGCACUGCAGCCCCACCCAGACCCGAGUCAAGAAUGGGUCAUAGACAGGGUGAUACAGAUCCCAGCACCACCCCAGGGGAGACUGAAGCGGUGGAGAAAUCAGAGCCAGAGACGGAUGCCAAACCAUCCCUGGCAUCAACAAGGCCUGUCUCUGCUCCAAGUAAGCGACGGAGUGCAGAAACUACAACGGGACAGAAAUGUCCCGGACGAAUUGGAAGACGUCCACAUUCUGCUAAACCACCUGUUGGAUCGGACAUCAGUAAACUUGGCAGCAAGUCUAGCACGGCCAUUGUGGUAUCACCCAAGAAACGGGCUGUUGAGUACAAGAGGAAUCGGGAGGCAGUCAAAGCGCUGCGAGACGGCACGCUCAACAAGGAGAAGAAAUAUGCAAAGCAAUUUGUUGCGGUGGAUGACCCAAAACCACUUAUCCGCAGACUGAGAAAACCAGCGUCUGAAUCCUCUGAGGAAGAAGAAUCUCCGGUUGUUCCCUUAAGUGCCCAGGAACAAGAAAUGGAAGAUAUGCAUCAACAAUUACUGGAAAGAGGCGUUAACGUAUCCGCACAAACUUUAGCAAGGGGACUUUUGCCGCCCACCCAGCGAGGGUACGACGACUGCAUGGCCGAACUUCCUGAGAAAUCCUCCCUUGGAUUGUUGAAUCAACCUGAGGCUUGGCUAGGGAAGCUGUUCCGAAAAUACAAACUGGCAGAAAAGGCGUUGGUGAUUGCCAACGAGAGAAUGGCCAUCCAGGCGGACGCUGAAGCCAGGCAGGCAGCCAGAGGACCAGCCAAGAAAAAGAAGAAAACUGGCAAAAGAAAAGUGAAACACAAGAGGAGUAGUACAGUGACGUGAAUUGAGCAACAGCCACCUCUUCACCUCAAUUCAACCACUGUGCAGGAAACCAAUGGCACACUCUUUGUACUUACCAAGUUUCACUUCAAGCCCAAUGCAUAGUAAUAGCGGCUGGGCUAAAUCUUCCUCAAUCCUGCAGUAUCUUACAAAAACCAAUUGGUGGAUUUUGAAACAUCUGGGUUUGGCUGGCAAGGGGGUGGGGUCUAAGCCCGUACCCCAUUGUGCCCCUUCCCUCCCACUUCAAAAUUCGAGAAGGCAUUUUCAGAAGGUUCAUGUUUAUUAUCUAUAGGGAUUUGAUUAUUAUUUGAUUUCAUUGAAGUUUGUUUGAUCCAGAAGCUCCCCUACAAUGCACAUCUUAUUUCAUUUCAUUUGUUUGAAUAUUUCUAUAUUUUAACAUAAUUUUUUUAAUUUUGAAUGAGGUGUACAAAUCAGCAGAGUAAUUUUACCUUAAAAAAAUAACGAUUUGUAUAAAAAUGGUUGUCGAGUAAAUAAAAAAAUAAAAAAUUUAAAACACAGAACUACCAAUUCCAGCAUUAUCUAAUGUCAGUGAUAGCCUUUAAGAGCUUAGUGAAUAAACCUGAAAAUGUAUUUUUCAAAUUGUAUGCAUA